CGCCGCAGACCUGUAAACAAAACAAAGCGUUGAAGUCGUCGUUGGCGUGUUGUGCUGUAUCUUUUCACCAAAUUAUUUGACCAUGGCUUCAGAGGUCCCCAGCGAAGCGCCCAGUGAAUGCGUGUCGGUAUCCGAAAUCUCGGAAAACGAGGGAGUGGAGAAAAGCGAGGAGGACAAUGGCAGCGACGGAGACCCCGAUGCAGAGGAGAUGGCGUCAUUGUCUUCUUCUCGCGGAGGAGCCAGUGGUACGGGUAGAGGAGUUACCCUCAACAUGCUCAUGCGAGACGGAAUCAUUGACCCUGGACCAGGGAACAUGUCCGUUAGCUAUCUGGGACAGAAAUUUUUUGGUGACCUGAUGAGUGAUGGAACGAUACAGCUACAGACGACAAAAGAAUUAUUUAGCUCGCCGAGUGCAUGGGCCAUUCACUGCAAGAAAAUGGUAAACCCGGCAAAACGAUCCGGCUGUGGAUGGGGCUCCGUGAAGUACAAAGGUAGAAAACUCGAUACAUACAAAACGAUGUGGUUCAACAAACAGAGACCAUGCGACGGAAAGGAAAUUCGCAAGCCGCAGCAUCUUGUGAUGAAGUCGUCAGACAACGGGGACACCUCCAAAGAAGGGGAGGACGAGUUGUUCAAGGGCGAUCCAUCAACGUCGACCGCGGAAUCUCACGCGUUGAGUGGGCCAAAUGCAGACGGCAAAAAAGUUACGAUUUCACAUCGUCACGGACCCUUCAAAUACAGUGAUCUUGGCCAGCGAAGUCCAGAACAUGAUCAGAAUUCGCUCGUUGAGUGUAUGACAUUCCAGUCGCUGGGGAAGAUACAGCCCUACUCAAUCACUGUCUCUUCUAGCUGCCUCUUCCUCAUGGACUUCCACUGCCACCUGACGGGAAGUGAGGUGGUGGGGUAUUUGGCAGGCACGUGGGAACCUCUCAUUCACAGAUUGACUAUACAGCGAGCCUUCCCUUGCCGGUGUCGUCUGGGCGACAAGGACAAUGCUCUCAUUAUAGAGGAGGAGAUUCGACAAAACAUGACUAAAGAGACGCUGGCGCUAGUUGGUUGGUACCACAGCCAUCCGACCGCCCCCGCGCAACCGUCCCUUAAAGACAUAGACGCGCAACUCGACUACCAAGUGAAGCUGAACCUUACCAAAUAUCACCCAUGCAUCGGUGUCGUAUGUUCUUCAUAUAAUCCUCGAAGCAAUGAGAAAGAUACUGCAUUUUCAUUCUUCAUGGCCAUGCCACCAGAGACUGCAAAAGUCGUCAAUGGGCAGACGCGAAAUCGUCGUCGCACUAAUGAACGUGCUGUUUCCAUGGUUACUCCGCAAAAGUGGCUCGCCGACUUCCACUUCCGCGCGCCAGACCUCGUGAAGUUCUCCGAGACGUGGAAGGACGACGAGACGUACAUGGACAAGCUGAGGGCGUCGCUGUCCAGCAAGCUGCCGCGCGAUCAGACGGACGAGCGCAUGCUGCUGAACUAUGUGGAGCAACUCGCACAGCUAGUCGAGGGUGUGGAUCCAGAUCGGUGAAAUUAUCAGCAAAGAUCCACAAUCCUGCUAACGAGGUAGAUCCAACAUGGCUGCACACGAAGUUAGCCAAUCGAAAUGCACCGCUAGCAAAGACCGUGUACAGUAAGACAGGACGCGCAUCCGAAAUGCGCCCCAAGCAUGGCGGCAGUGCCGACCAAUCGCAGGCUAGCUGGCGUUUUACGCGAUCAGCCGCGCGCACGUGCCGCGACGAAUGCAUAAACACAAGAUCAUUAAUUGUCGUUGUUGUUUGAUCGAGUUUUUAUUUAUUUGUUUGUUGUUGUGUUGGGGGAGGGAGGUGUUGUUUGUGUUGUUGUUGUUGUUGUUGUUGUUGUUGUUGUUGUUGUUGUUGUGUCAUUGGCGUUAAACGUCAUCAUGUGGUUGUGUUAGUAAGCGUAAAUAAAAUGCAUUCAAUGUCAUUA